UCGCAGCGAAGGAAGUUUCGACUUUACAUGAUACCGUGAUUCGCUUCUACUGCUCUCCGUAUAUAAGAGCUGACAGAUCAGUCUAUCGGCAAUUAAUGGCAUUCCCCUGCUCAUCUCUACUUGUAGAACUUCAGUACAGCUGACUUUCACGAUCGUGAUCUCAUUUGGAUGAUUGUCAAGCGGACGACUUAAUUCGAGAGCAUACUCGUGAAGUUGAAGCAUCGGCUCACGGCCUUAGAAUCUCCUCGACAGCCAUGGAUGAUCCUUCACAUUCUGUUGCACUUGUAGAUGGUGGAAUUCAGCAUCGAGAAAUUUCGACGAAAAAGCAAAGCUUGAACUCUGAGACUAGAACUAUUAGGAGAACUUCAUCGCUUGAAGCGGCAAGCAGCAAGCUCACAGCCAGGGAACGAGAUAUGAUGGAGUUCACUCCCUGGACAGGGCAUGCAAAGUUUGAGGAUCAAAAGGGAUUGGGAGGCUGCAGAAUACAGUAGUUUAAUUACAUGUUUGCGAAUACUAGAGAAAUCCACCCAUCUGGAACUAGAAUUUUAGUGGAUGCAAUGUUGCACAACACGGAGAACGAGGACAGUGUACGAUUUAGGAUUUUCAUAUUGAUAGAUUGAGUCCUUGUAAAUAGCAACUUUUACUACCCAGACUAAGAAAUGAAGACAACGGCAUUAGCACAGGAACCUAGAAAUGGACGUCUUUUUUCGGUGUCGAAAAGUGUUAACCUGUGAAAAUCCUGACCUCAGGAAUCACUAAUGAUAAAGAGCACAACUUGACGUUGCUCGUGGUCGAAAUAACUAUUGUAGACGACUGGAACUUUUUUCUCAUUUCUAUUCCACUUCUAGAGAUUCUUCGGAUUUUCUCAAUCUCAUAAUUUGAAGAGUACGC